AUGCCAUAUCCUCUCUCCACUAGCUCACCCUUUCAUUUCUUCACAAUAUCACCAAAAUUCACCAUAUUCCAAUUACAACCAUUGAACCUCAGACCUGCAACAAAAAAAACAGUACGCGAUAGAGUAAGAGAUAAAAAACCGCCAAAGACCGACGCCAUCUCACCCUCGAUUCGUCCUCUCUUCCUCCCGCCUGCAUACAUCCAGCACCAUCAUCCAGCUCUUAUCACUCCUCCGCAGAUAGAGUCUAUCUUGAGUGGAAAUUUUCCUCCUGGCUUUGAUUCGAGUACUUGCCGCAGUGUCUAUGUGGGCAACAUUCAUCCUCAGGUUACAGAGCCACUUCUUCAAGAGCUUUUUUCAAGUGCUGGUGCGCUUGAAGGUUGCAAGCUUAUUCGGAAAGAGAAGUCAUCAUAUGGAUUUGUGGACUACUUUGAUCGCAGUUCAGUUGCUAUUGCUAUUGUAACUCUCAAGAGGAAUAUUUUUGGACAGUCCAUCAAAGUUAAUUGGGCUCAUACUCGUGGCCAGAGAGAAGACACUUCAGGACACUUUUCGCAAUUGUCUAUUCAGAUUGCUUUCACUUUCUUAGUUUACCCUUCUUUGAUCUUAGCCUAUAUGGGACAAGCUGCAUAUCUUUCCAAGCAUCAUUCCCUUGAAACUGACUAUAGAAUCAGGUUUUAUGUGUCUGUACCAGUAAAACUUAGAUGGCAUGUUCUUGCAAUAGCCAUACUUCAAGCUGUGGUUGGAAGCCAAGCUAUCAUCACCGGAACUUUCUCGAUAAUCAAACAGUGUUCCUCUUUAGGAUGCUUCCUGAAAGUCAAAAUCGUCCAUACAUCAUCCAAGAUACAUGGUCAGAUUUACAUUCCUGAGAUCAACUGGAGUUUGAUGCUUCUUUGCCUGGCUGUUACAAUUGGUUUUUGA